UCCGCCCCUUUACGGCACGAUGGUCGUGCAAGAAUGUGAUAGAGCCUCGACGGCCGCCAUCUUCUUCCUUUCUUAGCAGUUAGCCGAGAGCGGCGCCUCCGCGAGGAAACGGUAGCGUGUGCUGUAGCGUGGGUAUGGCCGACUACUCCACAGUGCCUCCGCCGUCGUCUGGCUCGGCUGGCGGCGGCGGCGGCGGCGGAGUCGUUAACGACGCUUUCAAAGAUGCCCUGCAGAGAGCGCGGCAGAUUGCAGCAAAAAUUGGGGGUGAUGCUGGUACAUCAUUGAAUUCAAAUGACUAUGGUUAUGGGGGACAAAAGAGACCCUUAGAAGAUGGAGAUCAGCCAGAUGCUAAGAAAGUACCUCCCCAAAAUGACUCUUUUGGAGCACAGUUACCUCCAAUGCAUCAGCAGCAAAGCAGAUCUGUAAUGACAGAAGAAUACAAAGUUCCAGAUGGAAUGGUUGGAUUUAUAAUUGGCAGAGGAGGUGAACAGAUCUCACGCAUACAGCAGGAAUCUGGAUGCAAAAUACAGAUAGCACCUGAUAGUGGUGGCCUACCAGAAAGGUCUUGUAUGCUAACUGGAACACCUGAAUCUGUCCAAUCAGCAAAAAGAUUAUUGGACCAGAUUGUUGAAAAGGGAAGACCAGCCCCUGGCUUUCAUCAUGGUGAUGGACCUGGAAAUGCAGUUCAGGAAAUCAUGAUUCCAGCCAGCAAAGCAGGACUGGUUAUUGGAAAGGGGGGAGAGACGAUUAAACAGCUUCAGGAACGGGCUGGUGUUAAAAUGGUUAUGAUUCAAGAUGGGCCUCAAAACACUGGUGCUGAUAAACCUCUUAGGAUUACUGGUGAUCCAUACAAAGUUCAGCAAGCCAAGGAAAUGGUAUUAGAAUUAAUUCGUGAUCAAGGUGGUUUCAGAGAAGUGCGGAAUGAGUAUGGCUCAAGAAUAGGAGGAAAUGAAGGGAUAGAUGUCCCAAUUCCAAGAUUUGCUGUUGGCAUUGUAAUAGGAAGAAAUGGAGAAAUGAUUAAAAAAAUACAAAAUGAUGCUGGUGUUCGAAUUCAGUUUAAGCCAGAUGAUGGAACAACACCUGAUAGAAUAGCGCAGAUUACAGGACCUCCAGACAGAUGUCAGCAUGCUGCAGAAAUAAUCACAGACCUUCUACGAAGUGUUCAGGCUGGCAAUCCUGGUGGACCUGGACCUGGAGGUCGAGGACGAGGUAGAGGUCAAGGAAACUGGAAUAUGGGACCACCUGGUGGACUCCAGGAAUUUAAUUUCAUUGUGCCAACUGGGAAAACUGGAUUGAUAAUUGGAAAAGGAGGUGAAACCAUAAAAAGCAUAAGCCAACAGUCUGGUGCAAGAAUAGAACUUCAGAGAAAUCCUCCACCUAAUGCAGAUCCCAAUAUGAAGUUAUUUACAAUUCGGGGCACUCCACAGCAAAUAGACUAUGCUCGGCAACUCAUAGAGGAGAAGAUUGGGGGCCCAGUAAAUCCUUUAGGGCCACCUGUACCCCAUGGGCCCCAUGGGGUUCCAGGUCCUCAUGGGCCUCCUGGACCUCCAGGGCCAGGAACUCCAAUGGGACCAUACAACCCUGCACCUUACAAUCCUGGACCACCUGGCCCAGCUCCUCACGGUCCUCCAGCCCCAUAUGCUCCCCAGGGAUGGGGAAAUGCGUAUCCACAUUGGCAGCAACAGGCUCCUCCUGACCCAGCCAAGGCAGGAACAGAUCCAAACUCUGCAGCUUGGGCUGCUUACUAUGCUCACUAUUACCAACAGCAGGCACAGCCCCCACCUGCAGCUCCUGCUGGGGCACCAGCUACAACCCAAACCAAUGGACAAGGUAACUACGGAGAUCAGCAGAAUCCAGCUCCAGCUGGACAGGUUGAUUAUACAAAGGCUUGGGAAGAGUACUACAAGAAAAUGGGUCAAGCAGUUCCUGCUCCUACUGGGGCCCCACCAGGUGGUCAACCAGAUUAUAGUGCAGCCUGGGCGGAGUACUAUAGACAGCAAGCAGCAUAUUAUGCCCAGACAAGUCCCCAGGGGAUGCCACAGCAUCCUCCAGCACCUCAGGGAUUUGCAAAUCAUGCAAGAAGCCACCAUCAUUUAUAUUAACCAGUUUUUCUUUCUUAAAGGAUUCACUCCUGAAUUAGCUCCAUUUAAAGGAUUUUCUUUAACUUUUUGUGUAUCUCUUAUGUAUCUCUUCUGCACAGGGCCAAUAAUAAGAAGUGGACAAUACAGUAUUUGCUUCAUUGUGUGGGGGAAAAAACCUUUGUUAAAUAUAUGGAUGCAGACGACUUGAUGAAGAUCUUAAUUUUGUUUUUGGUUUAAAGUAGUGUUUUUUUCCCCCUCUUUUUUUUUUUUUAUUUUGAAAAUGUACAAAAUAUCUAUCACUACUGAUAGGAGGUUAAUAUUUCUGUGUAGAAAUGAAAAUUGGUUUGUUUUUAGUCUUUAGUGUAGAUGUACACAUUCCAGCAAAUGUAUUUGCAACUAUUAUGUGGUCGAUGCUUUGUGAUAUAAAUGUACUUUUUCAAUGUAUACUUUCACUUUUAAAAUGCCUGUUUUGUGCUUUACAAUAAAUGAUAUGAAACCUCCUGUGUCGGUAAGUUGGA